GGGUCUGAGGCUGGAGAGCAGGAAGCGUCUCUAUCUUUCUUCAUUCUGAGGUCCUCUGUUCCCCAGCACACCCUUAUCUGCCUGCCAUUAGCUCCUCUUCAUAGACUUUCUCCCAGCAUCUAGAGAGCUUGAGAUCAAAACUGAAGAAGCACACAAAGUUAUCUUUCUGGGACCCUUUGGCCUUCACAGUCUAAAGCCACUCAGGGCCCAAACCCUGCAAUCCAACAGAUGCCCCUCUAGGGUAAAUUUAGAUCCCGUGACUGGGGACUUUCUAGCCUUUUCCUUCCUCAUGCUAGUGGUGACUCAUGCAUCCUGGCAGUCUCCUGCCGGCCCACACUAAACACAAUCCCUACUUGAGGGAUCAAGCCAGCCUGUGAAGGGAACCAGCUCUGGAGCCAUCGAGCUGAGCCAGCAGAGUCCUGCAGUAUUCCCCAUGGCCUGCCUGAGUCCCUCACAACUCAAGAAGUUCCAGGAGGAUGGGUUUCUGCUGUUGGAAGGAUUCUUCACAGCAGAUGAGUGUGUGGCCAUGCAGCAGAGGAUCGGUGAGAUUGUGGCUGAGAUGAAUGUUCCUCUGCACUGCCGGACAGAAUUUUCCACCCAGGAAGAUGAGCAGCUUCAAACCCAGGGCAACACGGACUACUUCUUAAGCAGCGGUGACAAGAUACGAUUCUUCUUUGAAAAAGGCGUUUUUGAUGAGAAAGGAAAUUUCUUGGUUGCUCCAGAGAAAUCUAUCAACAAAAUUGGCCAUGCUCUGCAUGCCCAUGACCCCGUCUUCAAGAGCAUCACACACUCUCCCAAGGUGCAGGCUUUGGUCAGGAGUCUGGGCCUCCAGAUGCCAGUGGUGGUGCAGAGCAUGUAUAUCUUUAAGCAACCUCACGUUGGUGGUGAAGUCUCCCCUCACCAGGAUGCUACCUUCCUGUACACGGAGCCCCUAGGCCGAGUGCUGGGUCUGUGGAUAGCAACGGAGGAUGCCAUGCUGGAGAACGGUUGCCUCUGGUUCAUCCCUGGCUCUCACACCACUGGGGUGUCAAGAAGGAUGAUCCGAGCCUCUUCAGACUCUGGGCCUGGCACCAGCUUCCUCGGGUCAGAGCCAGCCUGGGAUAACAACCUCUUUGUGCCUUUGCCAGUGAAGAGAGGGGGUCUGGUCCUGAUCCAUGGAGAGGUAGUGCAUAAGAGUGAGCAGAACCUUUCCGACCACUCACGCCAGGCCUAUACCUUCCACCUCAUGGAUGCUGCCGGCACUGUCUGGAGCCCAGCGAAUUGGCUCCAGCCCACGCCUGAGCUGCCCUUCCCUCAGCUCUACAUCUGAAGGCCCUGACAGGAUGGGGCUGCUCUCCACAGAGUGAUGCUGUCAACACCAGGCCCUCCUGGCUUCAACUCAAGGUCAUGUCUUCCUGUAUGGGCUUUAUUUCUGAUGGUGUCUGUGACCUUGGUCCAGCAGACAGGGAGCCAAGAAGCAGAAAUGACAGGGCAGCAGCCCAGGCUGGGUGAGGGUUCGUCCAAGAUUUUAUCUCUCUACACCAUUCUGUCCCAACCCAGCUUUCGGAAGUGGCCACUCAGCAGUGCAGAAAUUCUGGUUGAGACUCGGGUUUUUCUUGGAUGGAUGUUACUGUGUAGGGCACUGAAUAAAAUGAUUUAAAAUAUA